CAGUCACUUUCUGUGUAAUUCGGAUAAAUUUUCAGAUCAACUGUGGACAGACAGAGUAAACCAACCUGCAUGCUUUUUUCUGCAGAUAACUAAAUGGAUAGCAAAGGAAUAUAAAGAUACGAACUAACUAGAAGACCCCGAGCAGACAGAGGAAAGGAAAAAGGAAGCUUUUUUAUUUAAAAAAAAAUCUGUGUUGCAAAACUGUGUCUUGUUGGAGAAAGUCUUGUUCUCUACUCCGUGCAUGUUUUACAUUGGAGAAGUGCAUUGGUGCUUUUAAUCGGCCAGACGCGGUCUAGUUUCCAAGCGGAGCUGCAAGACAACACCAGAGACAUGAUUUUGAGACUGGGCUCGGUUGUUGGCGUUGCUGCUUUUUGUUUACAUGCGUUAUUGUUGUGGUUUUAUGCAAAGGUGGUGGAGGGAACCGGUCAGUUCGAGUUGGACAUCUUAUCGAUGAACAACCGGAACGGCGAGCUUCUUAACGGGCAGUGUUGUGACGGUUCACGGAUCACCGGGGAUCGGAAAUGCAGGAUGGAUGAGUGUGAUACGUAUUUUAAAGUGUGUUUGAAGGAAUACCAGUCGCGGGUCUCGGCUGCGGGACCGUGCAGUUUCGGGUCCGGAUCUACGGCUGUCCUGGGAGGAAAUGUAUUUACUUUGAAGAGCUCUGCGAGGAAUGGAAGAUCCAGGAUUGUUUUGCCGUUCAGUUUUGCCUGGCCAAGGUCAUACACGUUGAUAGUGGAAGCCUUGGACGCUAACAACGACACGAGUGGUGGUGAUGGUCAGGUGAUUGAGAAGGCGUCCCACAGUGGGAUGAUCAACCCCAGCCAUCAGUGGCAGAAGCUCAGCCACAACGGUCCUAUUGGUCAGUUUGACUAUCAGAUCCGGGUCAGCUGUGACGAGCACUACUAUGGCUUCGGAUGCAACAAGUUCUGCCGACCCCGAGACGAGUUCUUCGGGCACUACACCUGCGACGACAACGGGAAUAAGACCUGUCUGGAGGGCUGGUCUGGACGAGAAUGUAACACACCCAUUUGUCGGCAGGGCUGCAGUACAGAACAUGGACACUGCAAAGAGCCAGAUGACUGCAAGUGUCUGUAUGGCUGGCAGGGGCAGUACUGUGACCAGUGUAAUCCUCACCCUGGCUGUAUCCAUGGAACCUGUGUUGAACCAUGGCAGUGUCUGUGUGAUACCAACUGGGGAGGACAUCUCUGUGACAAAGAUCUGAACUUCUGUCCCAAACAGCCCUGUCUCCCCCUGCAGCAGCUCCUCCCUCCCUCCUGUUCCUGUGUCCCCUACUCUGGAGUCAACUGUGAGAGGGGGUAG